AUGGAGGCUCGUCAACUUGCGGCCGAGGCCGCCGUCUUCGAUCAAACGAACCUACUUCCACGCAAGAAGCUCCUCGUCGUAUUUUCCGUCCUCGCAUUAUCGCAUUUCAUCUGUUUCGUCGACCAAACCGGUAUCGGAGUCGCCCUGCCUACUAUCGGUCGUGGACUCAAUGCCGAAGACACGAUCAGUUGGGCCGGUACAAGUGCGUUGAUAGCGAACACUAUUUUCCAAGUGCUAUAUGGGAGAAUGAGUGACCUAUUCGGCAGAAAAUCCGUCCUCCUCUCCGCCCUUGCCCUCCUAACAGUCUCCGACCUUCUCUGUGGCCUCUCGCGUGAUGCGAUAAUGCUGUACGUGUUCCGCGGUUUAUCGGGUGUAGCAAACGGCGGUAUAGCUUCCCUCUCAGCCAUGAUCGUCUCCGACAUCGUCACCUUGAAAGAACGCGGGAAGUGGCAAGGCAUGAUAGGCGCAUGUGUCGGGCUGGGAAACAUGACUGGUCCUUUCAUCGCUGCUGCUUUUGUACAAAAGAGUACGUGGAGAGGCUUCUUCUGGCUCGUUAGCCCGGUUUCAGCGGCUUGCGGGAUGCUAUGUCUUGUCGUACUGCCUACACCCAAGGAGCAACCAAGAGCGGAUAUGAAGAUGGUGUUGAGGAGAAUCGACUAUGGAGGCAUAUUCUUCGGUAGUGCGGGGCUGAUACUGCUAUUGAUUCCUAUUGCAGGAGGAGGUGACUAUUUUGAAUGGGAAUCUCCAAUGGUCGUUGCCAUGUUAGGUAUUGGAGGGUGCUGCAUGAUAGCGUUCGUCUACAUCGAGCACCGCGUCGCUAUACUGCCAAUGAUGCCAUUAUCCCUCUUCAAAUCCGGUCCCGUUUCCAUCAUGCUCCUCCAAAACUUCCUCUUCGGCGUAGUAGCCUACUCACAAACCUACUACCUCCCCCUCUUCUUCCAAAACGCCCGUCGCCUCUCGCCCCUCAUUUCAGCCUGCCUAAUGCUACCACUAACCGCUUCACAAAUGAUCUCGUCCAUCAUAUCUGGGCAGUACAUCUCGCGCUUUGAGCGCUACGGCGAGGUAAUCUGGCUGGGCUUCUUCCUCUGGACACUAGGCGCAGGUUUAACGUGCAUGUUGAACCUCUAUACGCCCAUCUGGACCAUUGUCAUCAUCCUCUUUGUCCAAGGACUAGGAAUUGGUGCCAUUUUUCAACCUGUGCUUGUUGCUCUGCAAGCCCAUUGCGCAAAAGCACAACGCGCAGUCGUCAUCUCGAACCGUAACUUCAUACGUAGUCUCGGCGGCGCAGUUGGUCUCGCAGUUUCUGCUGCGGCACUGCAGAACACUCUGCAUAAGGUUAUGCCUGCAGAGUUUCACUCCUUGGCGCUUUCUUCGUACGAUACGCCAGACUUUGCAUCGCUGAAUCCAAAACAAAUAGCGCAGAUACUGCAGGCGUAUGCGACGGCGAGCCGGAUCGUGUUCAUCAUGAAUGUACCCUUUAUGGGACUGUGUUUAUUAGGCUGUUUUUUCAUCAAGGAUAGGGGGUUGCAAAGACCAGAUGAGGUUAUGGAAGAUGUGGAAAUGAAGAAGAGGCGGGAUAGUGGGAGUGGACAUGUUGGAACAAGUGAUGAUCCGGAGCGGAUAAUUGAGCAGGCUGUUCCGCUUCCACGAUAA